GAGUUCCAGAAACGACUUUUAAUCAUUGGUAUUUGAGUCCGAGCACUGUGAAGUUGGCCCUGAUUGGAUUAUGCACUGACAUGUGCAUACGUCACAUUUGGUAUCUUGUCUCGUUGAACGAACUGUACGUGUUGCUUUGCUUAUGUCAAAGCUGUCAAACUCGUGAUCCGGAGACCACGCUCUGCUUUUUCACCUAUUACCUUAUUCUGUCUACAACUGUUAACUAUUCUGUUAAUAUUGAGAGAAGUAGUCAGAGUAAUGGUGGGGGCAAUGUAUAUUCUUCAGCCUUGGGUGGGGGCACUAUUAACCAGUGGCGAAGUAUCAAUAAAUAUCUUAACUUUAAAUUGCUGGGGAAUUCCAUAUAUUUCACAAAAUAGAAGUGCUCGUAUGACAGCAAUUGCAGAAAAGCUUGCUACUGAAAAUUAUGAUAUUAUUUGUCUACAAGAGGUAUGGUCUAUUAAUGAUUUUAAAAUGAUAAGAGCUAAAACACAAGAACAGUUACCUUACUCACAUUAUUUCUAUAGUGGAGUUGUUGGAUCUGGUAUUUGUAUCUUAUCCAGAUUUCCUAUUAAAGAUGUAAUAUAUCAUAAAUGGCCCUUAAAUGGAUAUAUACAUAAAAUACAUCAUGCAGAUUGGUUUGGUGGUAAAGGUGUUGGUCUCUGUAGACUCCAAAUUCAUAAUAUGAACAUUAAUGUUUAUAUUGUACAUUUACAUGCAGAAUAUGAUAGGCAUAAUGAUGAAUACAUAGCACAUAGAGUUUUACAAGCUUUUGAUACAGCCCAGUUUAUUAGAAUGACUUAUGGUGGUGCUGAUUCUGUAAUACUGGGAGGUGAUCUUAAUACAGAACCUCAAGAUUUAGCUUAUAGAAUUAUUUGUGGUGUUGCUGGUUUGACAGAUGCUUGCUCAAAUAGUUCCAGUAAUCUAGGAACUAAUAACUGUGCCAAUAAUAGUUACACUAGUUCAAAACUUGCAAGAACUUUACCUGAGGGAAAACGUAUAGAUUAUAUUUUGUACCAAAAUGCAAAGAAUAUAAAGAUAGAAGUAACAGAUUUUCGACAUCCUUUUCCAAAACGGAUACCUUAUAAAGAUUUUAGUUACUCUGAUCAUGAAGCUGUUAUGGCAACCUUUAAAUUUAGUGUUGGUGAAUCUCAAUUUAUGAAUAUAGACAUAAAAGAUUCAUUAAAAGAAGCUAUAGAUAUAUGUGAAACUUCAGUGAAACAUGUUCAUAGACAACGAUUUUGGUAUUUGUUAUACAGUUGUAUAUUAAUUAUACCACUUGUUUGGUCUAUGGGAUUGGAUUGUUCUGUUACAUCCCUUGAAGUAUCUAUUGGAUUUAAUAUAGGACGCAUUCUUCUAACAGCAAUAUUGUGUUACACUUUAUUCAUGAGUUCUAUUUGGAAUAGUGUCGAAAAAAAUGCUUUAAAAGCGGCAUGCUUAGAAAUGAAGAUUUAUUUAACAAAUUUA